UCUGGCCUCCUUUGCUGCAUCUCCGUUGAUCGCUAUGUAGCAGUGGUCUAUCCUCUCCAGUUUCACUGGGUCAGGGAGGUGCGGACAGCAGCAGUUGUGAGUUUUGCUGUAUGGGUUUUGGAGAUUGUCAUCCACAUUAUCUUACUUGACCACACAGGGGCGCUGCAAGCUUUCUCCUCAAGUGACUUGUGUGAGGAUAGAGUACCCAUGACACAAGAGAGUGCCAACCUUGCUCUCACUCGGGUCAGCCUCGGUUUCCUGGUCCCCGUCUUCAUCAUGACUUUUUGCUUUCAGCAGAUCAUGCGAUCACUCAAACAGAGCACUUCCAUCAUAGUGGAGGAGCGCAGGAAAGUAGGACUGCUGUUGUUGUCCCUGCUUCUAACCUACACAGCAGCCUUUGUGCCCUACCAGACUGUCAUGCUACUCAGGGCCAUACUGGAGCCCAGAGCCUGCAUCUGGGCCACAAAGCUCAGAGAUCCAUAUCUUGUCACAGUCACCACCACAACCAUAAACAGUGUAUUGGAUCCUAUAUUAUACUGUUUAAUCAGUGAAAGUGCUAAGAGCGAAGUCAGGAAAGCUCUAGAGAAAUUCAGAGGACUUUUAAUGUGGAGGAAAUGGUCGGAAAGCUCUAAUGGAGUUCAGUAAUUUUCCUAAGUAUUAUUUAUUUGUUUUGUUUUUAACCUGCAAUUACAAAAAGGAAAGCAAAUUGUUUUUGACUGUGUAAUUUAAGAGGUGUUCAUGUACUGAAGGCUUU